AUGCUUCUCGAUUAUUUUGCGCUGAAUGAACGCGAUUCUAAUGCUCAUCAAUUCACGUAUUCUGAAAUUCCAUCGCAUUAUGUAUUCAAAAAACAAACGGGUUCUAAUGUAUCAAAAUGGGAAAAACGUAAAUCGCAUUUCAAUGUCAUUGGACGAAUGUAUAGUGUUAGUCCAACACAGAGUGAGUUGUUCCAUCUUCGCUUAUUACUGAUAACUGCCACAGGUCCAACAAGUUUUGAAAAUCUCAGAACCGUCGAUGGUCACACACAUCCUACGUUUCAAAGCACUUGCCUCGCCUUAGGACUCAUCGAGGAUGAUGCGGAAUGGGACCGUGCAAUGACCGAAGGAGAGGUAUGGAUGAUGCCUAGACAGUUGCGUCAUUUCUUCGUAAGAAUUUUGAUUGAUUGUCAACCAAUUAAUUCAGAAGAAUUCUGGGAGAAUUUCAAGGAAGCAAUGUCUCAAGAUUUCCAGAGACACUUGAGCACAGGCGAAGCCGAUAGGAGAGCAUACGUUGGAGUGAAUCGUCUCCUAUCUUACGAGGGAUCUGAUAUCAGCCGGUUUCCUAACAUGCCGCCAUUGACAGUUUCAGAGGAAAAUUAUGAUGCCGAGACGGAUGAUGAAAUAUCACUUGAACAAUAUAAAGAUAUCGGUCGAAAUCAAUAUGGGAAACUGAACUCGAAACAAAAAGAUAUUGUCGAUAAUGUGCUGAACGUUGUCGACUCAACCGAAACACCCACACCAUAUUUUUACAUUGAUGGUCCUGGGGGCUCCGGAAAAACGUUCAUCUAUGCUACUUUGUAUUAUUUACUUCGAGCUAAGAGGAAGAAGGUACACACGGUGGCUUUCACAGGAAUUGCUGCCAUAUUACUUCCACGAGGGAAGACAGUUCACAAAUCAUUCGGAAUGCCUGUUCCAAUUUUCAAUGACUCAGUGUCGAGUUUUAAAAAUCAGUCAACCAAGGCUCAGUAUUUACGAGAAAUCGAUGUUUUCAUUUGGGAUGAAGCUCCAAUGGCGCCGAGAUAUGCUCUUGAAUUAGUUGACCGUUCUCUACGUGAUUUUAUGGGCAAUGAUUUACCAUUUGGCGGUAAGAUCAUGAUUCUGGGUGGAGAUUUUCGUCAGUUACUUCCAGUUAAACCGAAUGCAACUCGCAGUGAGCUGGUAGAUUUGUCUAUUAAAUUCAGCUCGUUAUGGAGACAUUUCUCAAUAUUUGCUUUAACACAAAAUAUGCGAGCUUUACCACAAGAAAUGAAAUUUGCUAAAUAUCUUUUGUCGGUCGGAGACGGCAGUUUGAAUGAUGAUAAUAAUAAUAUAGAGGCUCCAGAGCAAUGCGUUGCUCACAUGUCCGCUGAUACCAUCGAUAUAUUCAGGAAUAUUAUUAGCGAACGGAGAUAUGGAGAUUUGGCAAAAGUGGCAAUUUUGUCAGCACGAACUGUAGAUGUGGGCGAAAUUAAUAAUCGGGUUAUCGACCUACUUGACAGGAGAAUUCGAAGGAUUUAUGCCAGUAUUGACAGCGUAGAGAAUUGUGACAAUGGAGAUAUAAUAACAUCGCCGACUGGUUUGAUCGAUGAUGACGGUGUUGUGGAGAUAUUCUUUUUACAUGCUGCAAGAGAUAGAACGCCGGUGGAUGCUAUUGAAAACGGGAUUGCUGAACUUCACAAAAUUUAUCAAGAUCAUGAUAUCACCCAAAUGAAUCCAAAACAUAACUGGUAUUAUCACAUCCAAGGAGGAUUUCAUCAUGAGUCGAUAUAA